UUUCGUACUACAGAAGAUGGCGGAAGGUGAGGGCGAGGCAGGGGUGAGUGCCAUGCCCCUCCCCCCCAUGCAGUUUGUCAGCCAGUACACGACGGAGAAUGUUUCCCGCGGCCUGGCGCCCCCUCCGCCUCCACCAAUCACAGACCAGUACUCCAUGUUUGGCAGCGACUACCAGGUGGACGACCAGAUCAUCCGGCCGCUGGAGUCUCAGGGAAUCCGUCGCCUCCAUCCAGACAAGUUUGACCACAAGCUGGAGCUGAAGAAGCUGAACCACUCAAUCCUGGUCAACUUCCUGGACCUGCUGGACAUCCUCAUCAAGUCCCCCAACACUCCUCGCAGGGAGGAGAAGAUUGACGACCUGAACCUGCUGUUCAUCCACAUGCACCACCUGAUUAACGAGUACCGGCCGCACCAGGCGCGGGAGACUCUGCGCGUCAUGAUGGAGGUGCAGAAACGACAGAGGCUGGAGACCGCAGACAGGUUCCAGCAGCACCUGGACCGAGUCAUCGACAUGCUGAAGCAGUGCGUGCAGUCCAUGCCCGAGGACAUAGGGGGCGCUUCUGACAGCGAGGACGUCAAGCCGAACCUGGAGGAGCUGAACCGACGGGCGGGAAUCUCGCAGAGCAAACGCGACGAGGACUACGGGAAAGACAGACUCAUGUGCAGCAUAGUGGACAACAUCAAGUCAUGAUAAACAGCAUAGUGGACAACAUCAAGUCAUGAUGAACACAGCAUAGUGGACAACAUCAAAUCAUUAUGAACAACAUAGUGGACAACUUCAAAUCUUGACAAAAAGCUGAACUACAGGAAAAACAGACUCAAGUGCAGCAUAGUGGACAACAUCAAGUCAAGAUAUUGAUAAAUAGCUGAACUUUGUUGCCACAUGAUUAACAUUACUGUAUGAACAUUAGCUGGUACUUGUGAUGGUCUAACUCUUGUGGAGAGCUGGAGAUGGAUGCAAGAAGAUGCCUUUAUACUGAUUUAUUCCAGAAGUGUUAAGACGGACUGAUGUUGUGUUGCUCUGUGUUCGGAGCAGGACCAGAGAUGGAACUGGUAUCUUGCAUUAAGUAUUCGAUAAGCAACCUAAUUUUGACAGUUCUGGGGAUAGAUUGUUACACUUACUGUGUCCAGCGACUAACAAAAGACAGCGGGUGCUGUCUAAAACAUUUGACUGUUCCCAAAUUUAUUUUCCAGUUGCUUGAGUAAUACUUAUCCAGUGUACAAUUAAGUAUAUGACAAA